GCACCGGGACCGACGCGCGCACCAGCCCAGGAACCCGGCUCCGGCGCGUCUGCGGCGCCGCCUGACUCCCUAGCCGAGGCGGCGGCGGCCGGCGCGGCGGGCCGGGGCUGCGCGCCGGCGCCGGACCAUGGAGCGCGGGCUGCACCUCGGCGCGGCCGCCGCGGGCGAAGACGACCUCUUUCUGCACAAGAGCCUGAGCGCCUCCACCGCCAAGCGCUUGGAGGCGGCUUUCCGCUCCACGCCCCCGGGCAUGGACCUGUCCCUGGCGCCGCCGCCCCGGGAGCGCCCGGCGUCGUCCUCCUCGUCGCCCCUGGGCUGCUUCGAGCCGGCUGACCCCGAGGGGGCAGGGCUGCUGCUGCCACCGCCUGGGGGAGGCGGCGGCGGCGGCGGCGGCGCGGGAGGCGGCGGCGGCGGCGGCGGGGUGGGCGUCCCCGGGCUGCUCGUGGGCUCUGCCGGCGUUGGGGGCGACCCUAGCCUGAGCAGCCUGCCGGCUGGGGCCGCCCUGUGCCUCAAAUACGGCGAGAGUGCGAGCCGGGGAUCGGUGGCCGAGAGCAGCGGCGGCGAGCAGAGCCCCGACGACGACAGCGACGGCCGCUGCGAGCUGGUGCUGCGGGCCGGAGGCGGCGACCCGCGGGCCUCCCCGGGCGCGGGAGGCGGAGGCGCCAAGGCGACCGAGGGCUGCUCCAACGCCCACCUCCACGGCGGCGCCAGCGCCCCCCCGGGGGGCCCCGGCGGCAGCAGCGGCGGGGGUAGCAGCAGCGGCGGCGGCGGUGGCGGCGGCGGCAGCAGCAGCAAGAAAUCCAAAGAGCAGAAGGCGCUGCGGCUCAACAUCAACGCCCGGGAGCGCCGGCGGAUGCACGACCUGAACGACGCGCUGGACGAGCUGCGCGCGGUCAUCCCCUAUGCGCACAGCCCCUCGGUGCGGAAGCUCUCCAAGAUCGCCACGCUGCUGCUCGCCAAGAACUACAUCCUCAUGCAGGCGCAGGCCCUGGAGGAGAUGCGGCGCCUCGUCGCCUACCUCAACCAGGGCCAGGCCAUCUCGGCCGCCUCGCUGCCCAGCUCCGCGGCCGCGGCGGCGGCGGCCGCUGCCCUGCACCCGGCGCUCGGCGCCUACGAGCAGGCUGCCGGCUACCCGUUCAGCGCUGGGCUGCCCCCGGCCGCCUCCUGUCCGGAGAAGUGCGCCCUGUUUAACAGCGUCUCCUCCAGCCUCUGCAAACAGUGCACGGAGAAGCCUUAAACACACCCCACGGAAAACACAAGACCGACCCAAAAGCUAGAGGAAAGUGAAAAGCUGCCCCCCCACCCCUUUUAUUUUGGCCCUCUCUUGUUGUGAAACACUUGCAAAGCAAACAAAGCAGAGGCGAGAACUGAGGAGAAGUAUCAGAGACAAAUGGGACUUUGAGCCUUGACAUCCCCAGAAUCUCGGUCUUUGGGGUGGGGAGGGAGGGAGGAGGGAGGUGGAGUUGGGAUGAAGUGUGGAUGUUUUUUUCUCAGAAAAGUGGCAACUUUGGUGGCAGCCUAGACCGCAGGGAAGCCUAAAAAAUAAGUUGGGAAGUAGUCGCUCGGUUAUGAAGCGUGGAGAGUAUUUAUUCAAUGGCAAAAUACUAAUCUUACUAAUAAUCGUGUAUUUGGCUAGUGCUGAGGGGCAGAGGAGUCGUCCGGGGUUGGGUGGCUUGUGGGACGGAUUAUUCAUUCAGACAAAUCAGAAAGGGCACUUGAAAAUAAAUUUUGAUUCUGAGCCAGGAGAAAAACUUGAAAUGUAGACUUAUUUAAGUGGGGGGAAAAAACCAGAAAGAGACACAUUGCUAUGAAAAGACUUGUAUUUUUUAUUGUCUCUGAACUUUAAUCCUGUGAAAAUGCUCAAAAGUUUUGGCAAGAGUGAUAUUAAAAAAAAAAAAAAACUGUGGCUGAAAGAAUUGCAUUUAAAAAUAUUUAUGUGCACCUUGUUACUUUUCACUCUGCAAUGAUGUAUUAGCAAUUCAUGGUAUUUAUUUGUUAUUCUUCAAUGGCCCUUCCACAUCAACAAUAUUUAUCAUGUGUUAAGGUCAUGGGUCUUAUGUGCAGAUUUUUUUAAUGCCUCUAAAAUUCUGUUUUAUAGAUUAACUUAUUAUACUGUGUGCCAAGUGUUUAAAAGGUUUAUUUGCCAACAAGUAUGAAGAGACAUAUUGAUGUAUCUGAGCUGCUUAGGUUUAUCAAAGGUCAUCUGGAUAUUUUCAGUUGCAUCAUCCCUGUAUUUAAAUUGAGCUUUAAUAAAUUGCUUCAGUCCAAAAAUUACAGGAAAGGUGUAUUCUUAAUUGAUGAAUGAAUUGAUCUCUUUUUUUGAAAGGGGACUCCUUUGCAUUCUAAAAGGGAAAGACAUCACAGCAAUAGAUCCUAUAAGUAAGAACAUGCUAAGCAAAUAUUUUUCCAGGCUGUGCUGUGCAUUUUUAAAAGGUCUAAUUUAAUUGCUUUUAAUAUAUAUGUACAUAUAUAAGUUAUUUUAACUGUGGAGAAUUAUUUAAGUUAAAAGACUGGUUUGAUUUGCCUAUGGUGUGAAAUCCUUUGUUAUUUUUCUAAAAAAAUAAAAUUUAAAAAGAAAUAAAAUAAAACUAAGGAAGAGCAAGAAGCUAUUUACCCAAAGUGAGCUUUCAGUUUUAGUUUGCAUGGCUAUUUGCCUGCCUUUCUAUCCUAUGAAAAUCAAGAAAACCUUUUUUAAAAAUGGAGUCCUGCUAUUUUCCACUCCUUGCAGAUAAUACAAAUUCAGUUUGUCAGGUUGGAUGGCGAGUUGGGAGCUAUGAUGGAUUCUACUGGCGGGUUUUGGAUGUGUAAAGAAUGAUAUAUAUAUUAAAUAGGUCAAUCAGACUAUGACAGCUAUGUACGACCAUUUGUAUGUGUAUCUAUGUCAGAAAGAAUCUUUAUUAAAAUAUUUUGA